AUGAUGGCGGCGACCGCGGCGGCGGGGGGAGCCUCUGAGGUGAUCGCCCAGCUGGAGAACGCGGCCAAAGUGCUGAUGGCACCACCUUCCAUGGUCAAUAAUGAACAACGUCAGCACGCUGAACACAUAUUUUUAUCGUUUAGAAAAUCAAAAUCGCCAUUUGCAGUUUGCAAACAUAUUUUAGAAACUAGUAAAGUGGACUAUGUCCUUUUUCAAGCUGCCACAGCGAUAAUGGAAGCAGUUGUACGAGAAUGGAUUCUGUUGGAAAAAAGCAGUAUAGAGUCACUACGAACAUUCCUUUUAACAUAUGUCUUACAAAGGCCAAACCUCCAGAAAUAUGUGCGGGAACAGAUAUUGUUAGCAGUAGCAGUAAUAGUGAAACGAGGGUCUUUAGACAAGUCAAUUGAAUGCAAGAGCAUUUUUCAUGAAGUCAGCCAGUUGAUAAGCAGCGGCAAUCCCACAGUGCAAACUCUGGCCUGUUCCAUAUUAACUGCAUUGCUAAGUGAGUUCUCAAGUUCAAGUAAAACCAGCAACAUUGGACUAAGCAUGGAGUUCCACGGCAAUUGCAAACUAAUAUUUCAGGAGGAUGACCUCCGUCAGAUCUUCAUGCUCACAGUAGAGGUACUACAGGAAUUCAGCCGGCGUGAAAAUCUUAAUGCUCAGAUGUCUUCAGUCUUUCAGCGUUACCUUGCACUAGCCAAUCAGGUCUUAAGCUGGAAUUUUCUUCCUCCAAAUUUAGGCAGACAUUAUAUAGCUAUGUUUGAAUCCUCACAAAAUGUGAUGUUAAAGCCAACAGAGUCCUGGCGUGAGACCCUCCUGGACAGCAGAGUUAUGGAGCUUUUCUUUACAGUGCAUCGAAAAAUUAGAGAAGACACCGAUAUGGCACAAGACUCUCUGCAGUGUUUAGCCCAGCUAGCCUCUCUUCAUGGGCCAGUCUUUCCAGACGAAAGCUCUCAAGUUGAUUAUUUGGCUCACUUCAUUGAGGGAUUGCUCAAUACUAUCAAUGGGAUUGAGAUAGAGGAUUCUGAAGCUGUGGGUAUAUCCAGUAUAAUCAGCAACUUGAUCACUGUAUUUCCUCGCAAUAUAUUAACAGCCAUUCCAAAUGAACUUUUUUCGUCAUUUGUUAACUGCCUCACACAUCUCACUUGCUCUUUUGGGAGAAGUGCUGCCUUGGAAGAAGUUCUUGACAAAGAUGACAUGGUAUAUAUGGAGGCGUAUGACAAGCUCUUGGAAUCAUGGCUUACAUUGGUGCAAGAUGAUAAACAUUUCCAUAAAGGCUUCUUUACCCAGCAUGCUGUUCAGGUUUUUAAUUCUUACAUCCAGUGCCACUUAGCUGCUCCUGAUGGUACAAGGAAUUUGACUGCCAAUGGUGUGGCUUCCAGGGAGGAGGAGGAAAUAAGUGAGCUGCAGGAAGAUGACAGAGAACAAUUUUCUGAUCAGCUGGCCAGCAUAGGCAUGUUAGGAAGAAUUGCUGCUGAACACUGUAUACCUCUUCUUACCAGUUUGUUAGAAGACAGAGUGACAAGGCUUCAUGGCCAGUUACAAAGGCAUCAGCAAUUAAUUAGUUCAGCUGGAUCGGGCUCCAUUGACAAUAAAAUGCUUGAUGACUUGUAUGAGGAUAUUCAUUGGCUUAUUCUAGUCACAGGCUACCUCUUAGCUAAUGAUACUCAGGGAGAGACUCCGCUAAUACCUCCAGAAAUAAUGGAGUAUUCCAUUAAGCAUUCAACUGAGGUUGACAUCAAUACAACGCUUCAAAUUCUUGGAUCUCCAGGAGAAAAGGCCUCUUCCAUUCCAGGGUACAACAGAACCGAUUCUGUUAUUAGGUUAUUGUCUUCUGUUCUAAGAGUUUCGGAAGUGGAGUCUCGAGCAAUAAGAGCAGAUCUUACGCACCUUCUGAGCCCGCAAAUGGGAAAAGAUAUUGUGUGGUUCCUUAAACGGUGGGCAAAAACCUAUCUCCUAGUAGAUGAAAAACUGUAUGACCAGAUAAGCCUGCCAUUCAACACAGCAUUUGGUGCUGACACUGAGGGUGCCCAAUGGAUUGUGGGUUACCUUUUAGAAAAGGUAAUCAGCAACCUUGCAGUGUGGAGCUCUGAGCAAGAUCUUGCCAAUGACACUGUGCAACUGCUAGUAACUUUAGUAGAAAGAAGAGAGAGGGCAAAUUUAGUAAUUCAGUGUGAAAACUGGUGGAACUUAGCAAAACAGUUUGCCAGACGGAAUCCCCCUCUUCACUUUCUAUCCAGUUCAGUGCAACGUACAUUAAUGAAAGCCUUAGUUCUUGGGGGUUUUGCUCAUAUGGAUGGAGAUACCAAACAGCAAUACUGGACAGAAGUUCUUCAGCCACUACAACAACGAUUCUUGAAUGUGAUAAACCAAGAAAACUUUCAACAGAUCUGCCAGGAGGAGGAGGUGAAACAGGAAAUCACUGCCACCUUAGAAGCACUUUGUGGCAUCGCUGAGGCUACCCAGAUAGACAAUGUAGCAAUUCUCUUUAAUUUUCUGAUGGACUUCCUUACAAAUUGCAUUGGACUCAUGGAGGUGUACAAGAAUACACCAGAGACUGUUAACCUCAUCAUAGAAGUUUUUGUUGAAGUUGCACAUAAACAAAUAUGCUAUCUUGGAGAGUCUAAAGCCAUGAAUUUAUAUGAAGCUUGUCUGACCCUACUUCAAGUAUAUUCCAAGAAUAAUUUAGGUAGACAACGAAUAGAUGUUACAGCAGAAGAGGACCAAUACCAGGAUCUUCUUCUCAUUAUGGAGCUUCUCACUAACCUACUUUCAAAAGAAUUUAUAGAUUUCAGUGACACAGAUGAAGUAUUUAGGGGACAUGAACCUGGACAAGCAACAAACAGAUCCGUAUCAGCAGCAGAUGUUGUUUUAUAUGGAGUAAACCUAGUUCUGCCUUUAAUGUCCCAAGACUUGUUAAAAUUUCCAUCACUGUGUAAUCAGUACUACAAAUUAAUUACUUUUAUUUGUGAAAUAUUCCCUGAGAAAAUUCCACAGCUUCCAGAAGACUUGUUUAAAAGCCUUAUGUAUUCAUUAGAAUUAGGGAUGACAUCAAUGAGUUCAGAUGUUUGCCAGCUCUGCUUAGAAGCUCUGACACCAUUAGCAGAACAAUGUGCAAAAACCCAGGAGUCAGAGUCAUCCCUCUUUUUAGCAACAAGACACUUUCUUAAGAUGGUUUUUGAUAUGCUGGUACUGCAAAAGCACAAUACAGAGAUGACAGCUGCAGCAGGAGAAGCAUUUUAUACAUUAGUAUGUUUGCAUCAGGCAGAAUACUCUGAAUUAGUUGAAACGUUAUUAUCAAGUCAGCAAGAUCCCAUAAUUUACCAGCGGUUAGCAGAUGCUUUCAACAAGCUUACUGCAAGCAGCACUCCGCCUACGCUGGACCGUAAGCAGAAGAUGACCUUCCUCAAAAGUUUAGAAGACUUUAUGUCAAAUGUUGGUGGUCUUCUCUGUGUAAAAUAAAUACCAGAACUGUAUGCCUAACUUAGACCCUUUUUGCGAAAUGCACUGAAAAAUGCUGAAAGCUGACUUAAUCUUAAAUGCCUGUUUCUGGGUUUUUUGCAGCCAUCUAAAAUUUCAGAGAGCCUGGAAGUUUUGAUAAAGAGGAGUGGAAUAGGAGAUGUCAACUCUAAAAUCAGCUUCUGCUAAUAUGUGUUAGCCACAGUCUGUCAUAUACCGUUUAUGUUGUACAGAAUAAACAGAAAAACUGAAAUCUUUAAAAGAAUUCCACAAGUGCAUACAGUCAUGGGCACAGUAAAAAAACAAAAACAAGAACCAGUGCCUUGUCCCAGAUGGCCUCAAGUAGUGAUGAAUCAAACUCCUAUAAUAUUUUUUGUUAUUGCUAGAAACCCUUUUGGUGUGUGAUUUAGACACAUACAGAACUGUAAACCAAUUCUAAGCUUUAUUUUUUCUCUCUGAAAACUGUGUGUGUAACCCAGUGAAGAAGAAAACCACCAAAUGAUAUUUUUUAACUUGGAUUUAGUGUUUUUGUUUUGUUUUGUUUUGCUUUUUUUUUACAUCAACCUGGCGUUGCAUGUUUGUGUAAUACAACUUUCUACAUUAUAUGCUGCUGCCCUAAAGUUCAGAAAGAAGAAAGGUGUAUAUUUUUGUUUCCCCUGAAAUGAACUUUAGGAACUGUAGCCAUUUCAUUGCCUUAAUUUAAAACAAAAAAUAGCUGAUAUAAGUUAGGUGAGUAAUCUAAGGCAAGCUUUGAGUCUUCAAAACUGGUUUAGAGUGUUGGCACUAAGCUGCCAUUGUACCUAUUUGCAGCCCUUGUGUGUUGAGAGUAUUAUGUCUGUGAGUGUAAACAAAAAUUAAUGUGUACCUUUACUUUUAAUAUCUGUUGAGUCACACCCAGGUCAUACACAACUGCAGUGUAUUUCAAGACUGAAUUGUUUGCUGAAGCAAUAAUGUUUCAAAUUAUGUAAAUUAUUGAUUUCUACAAUUUUUUUAUGUUGGGGCAUUAGAUUCAGUGGCUAGACUAUAUGAGCAUCAAACUCUUCUAGCCAAAGGCCGUGCAUGUUUGACUUCAUGAUUCAGAAUAUGGACCCGUGGUUUAAUAUUUUGCCACCAUUGUCAGAUUCACAGUGCUGUCUUCUGCUGCUCUGAUCCCACUUGUUUGGUGUGUUGGCACUUUAACUAUGUAGGAUUACCUGUAUGGUUUCAUCCUGCACUCACCAAAUAGGAGGUUGUCAUGGGAACAAAGUGGCAGGAACUCAAGAAUAUGGAAGCAGGGAGUUUAUUCAUAAUUGUAAGCCAAACUAAACCAACCGAAAUGCAUAUGCUGCUGAUUAAAAGUAACCUUUUUUUAAUGAAGGAAGGAGAUAAUUUGUCUCCAGAACCUUGUGCUUCAUACUUGCAAGAACUAUGCUAUUGGAUAUUUGCAAAUAAAGAUUUUUACAUUUUAUAUAGAGAAGUAAACCCUCACCUCAUCCUAGCAUCAUGUUUGCAAUUCCAUGCCAUUCUUGAGCUGUUCAUCUCAACAUUUAAUCACACUACCCAGAAUUAUUUAUAUAUGAUUUGAAAUCUUUAAUAUUAUGGAGUGUUAUAAGGGUCCAAAACUUCUUUAAUUCCUUCUUAUUAAGCCACAAUCAGAAAUCAAGGGAAAGGUGGGCCACUGUUUGCAAACCUUUCCUCUGAAUUGUAAUGUAGUGAUUGGCUAGAGCAAGUUGUUUCCUUGAAGAAGGAAACAGAAAAAAAGAUUUGCUAAAGAAUGGCUCAGUUCAAAGAUCACUACCAACUAAUGGCUUGGCCCUCAGGAACAUGCUGUGACCAAUGGCAUGCUGCACAUGAUUUGGUUUAGUAUGCAGUAGUGGCUGAGCUGAGCAAAUGAUGGUUAUUGUAGCCACUGAUUGGUCUCCUAACUAGUUUCAAAAUGAAGCCUAUUCACAACCAGUGAAUCCAUAAUUUGGCCAUGAUAUCUGAACUGAGCCUAAGUUGUUCAAUUCUCAAUUAUAUUGUUCCAUCUGUUUCUGUUAGUGUUAUUUGUACAAUAAGGGAAUUGUUUUGGCUUCUAAUUUGUUUUAAAAAUUGGGUUUCUCCUAUGGCUCCAACACAGCUAUGUGUGUUUGAAUUAUGAUGAAUUCUACAUGUGUCUUUUGAAAUAAUUUGUCAACAUUUAAUCUUCUAAAUCAAUGGCUUUCAAAAUUUUACUCAUGGUGUUGAAAGCAAUUCUAUUGCCUAUAUUUAACUGAGGGCAAUUUAUUGAUAGGAUGUAACUGAGUUCUCAUUUAUUGUGAACAACAAUUCUAGUUUAUAAAAUUAGCGUUUAAAGGUGCCAUGUGAACUUCUGGAAAUGUGAGACCUAAUGAUUAUCUCUGGAAGCAUUGAAGAGUAAGUUUGCACAAUUUCUUUCAAGUGGAAAAUACUUGCAAGUCAAUAGUGAAUCUUGCCCAAGAAUUCCACCUUCUUGACUAUUUGGGGAAGAAUCUGCUAAGCAUCAUCUGUUGAUUUCAAGUUAUUCUGUUCCAGGUUUCUGCACAAGUGAACGGUAGGUGUGCACAACAGGGCUUGGUGGAUUGUUUCUAAAUUGUCAAGGAUUAUUUGCAAUUUUAAACUUGCUUCCCAGUUUAAAAUGUAUAUUAUAUUAAAGGGACACUAUCCAAUACAUUUUUAUCUGAAAUUUUGUAACUGUUAGAAAUUUCUAAGAAGGCUAUCUUUCCAGUUUUUGUAUUUUUUAAAAAAAAGUGAAUAAUACUAUCUCAUCCUACUCCAUCCAACAUGUUUCCAGAUGUCACAUAAUGUAUCUCCACUCCUAAAUGUUGGCAUUUGAACAAUUCAGAAUCACUCUACUAACUCUAAAAGCCCACUCUGGUGCACAUACAGUUUUAUCACAUUGGAGAACUCUUUAUUACUUGACUGUGUCCAGAUCUUUAUAAGAAAGGAGUCUUUAACGGGAUACUAUGUACUUCUGUUAGUAAAAACACAGACAAAGCCAAUGGAACUCAAUAAAAAAAAUGCAUUUCAGUUAGCUGACAUUCUUUGAGAAAUUGGUUCAUUAACAUAACCACAAUGAGUCUGCCUUCAGGGACUGCCUUCACAAUUUUCUUGGGAUAUCUGUUCUAAUGAUAGCCAUUGUUGUUCCCCACUUAGUUCCAAAUUAUAUAUUCAGCCCUACUGCUAGAUUUUUCAAAACAUAUAAAACUGAAUCACAUGCUUUGAUAUGUAAAGAGAUAAGGAUAAGAAAUACAAGCAUAGGGAAACUGAUCUUGAUUUCAUCUUGGGUGUCACUAGUGCUAUUAUGCUUUUCAAAGAAAGAAGGAAGGUCUGGAAUUCUAAUCUGGGCAUGUUAAUGCAAUGUGGAUGAGAGCAGACAUAGUGAAAAGAAAUCCUGAAUUCAUUGAAUUCAAAUAUUGGCUUGUCAUUUAUGGUAUUUAGUGAAAUAUAUACAACUUCCAUACAAAGACAUAAUAUGAAAAUUAUGAUAAAUUGCUUAAAAUCCAAAUUACAGUCUGUCACAUUUGACAGCUAAUUUAUCACAAUAGAACUUGAAAUAAUUGUACCUGGUCCCAGCAAUUAUCAGUGUUAAACAUAUACAGCAGUAACACAUAUCUGCACAAUAAUACCAAAGUCAGUUAUAAUAGGCUUCCCAGUCUUGUAGGAUUUUAUUUGAGUGGGUUUGUUCCAAUGAACCACUUCCAUGCAGAACUUAAAACAUGCAAAAGAACUCCAUCUGAAACAACACCACCGCCUCUAUAGAUUAUUGGAACUGAAAUAGAGCAAUAUAAUGUUUUCCAUCUUGUUUCAUUAAUCUGUGAGAAAAGUGCAUUCAGCUGAACAGCUUAUAUUUAUGGGUUUAUCUCAGUAUUCUGAGAUUCAGCUUCACUAAAAAGAUGAUUUUUUAAGAGUAGGCCCCAAAGUAAUGAAUAUCUCCUUUUCCAACUCUUCUGGUCUGCAAAGUUUUGCAAGUACAGUAUCACGUUUUGUGGCGCAAUGUGGUUUGUAUGUCACAGUAACAGUCAUUCUGCAAUCCUAUAUUCACUUAAUUAGAAGUAAUCCAUUGGAUUUAGUGAGCCUUCGGAGUAGGCACACAUGGCCUCGUGCUGUGAAUAUUAUCGCUUGAUGACUGUUAGAGAAACAGUCUGAAGCAAACAAAGAAAAUAAAAUGGCAGUGUUGAAAUUACACAAGUUCCCUAAUUCCACUAUUUAUUACUGUAGCUGGAAUUGAUGGAAUAUUCCAUAAAAUGAAGCCAUAGUCAAUGUAAUAUAGUCACCUUUUAAGCCAGAAUACUGGGGAAUGACAUAUUUCUUGUUAAAUAUUUUUUGUGUUUUGUCCAUGUGCAAUUACUGCUUUUUUUUUUUUUUACUAUAAGCUGACUUGCUCUGAAGCCUGAAAAAUGGUUUUCCAGUUGUUUCUAUCAAAGAUAAAUAAAAAUAAUAAAUUCUGAAUUCAGUUUUGCACUGACCCAAUUUUCUUGCUUUAGGAUAUCACUAGGAUGCAAGUUGAACUUGGUCCACCUACUCUUAGUAAACCAAGCAUUCAGAAUGGGGAGGAGACAGCCAUAACCCAAUGUGCAAAAUAUAAUUAACUUUUUAACAUCACUGAUGCUAUUUUGAUCCUCUUUCUCAUACAAAGCUACUUUCUGGAAGGAAUAAAACAGUUAUUAAAUUCAACCAGUCAAUUUUAUUUAUUAUAGCCUUAAAUUAUUGAAUAUUCCAAUUACUGGGGCUCAAACAUGCUUCAUUUUCCAUUCUUCAGAUUUUGGUACCUAAACUUUAUAUUUGGCUGAAUUGUACUAGCUUGAGUUCAGAACUUAACAGGAAACUUUGAGUUUGCCAACUACCCUUCUGCUAAAUGUAAUGUUUUUAGAUUAAUAACCUGACUGUUAUUAAGCUCAAAAAUUAUUAUUAUUGAUUUAGGUCAGUCUCUUUUUUUAACCCAGUCCCUUUGAGCAAUGGAAGAUAUUUAAAGCCACAGGUUGUCUGAAAUGAAAUUUUGCUUUAAAUUAAUGAGAUCUGAAACUUGAAAGUCAUGGAGGGAUAAGCAAUGACUUGAUACAAUUUUUGUGUAAGGAGAGGGGGAGAGAGAUUUGUGCUGUCUUGCGUGAUUGGAUUCAGGUUCUUAGUAUGCUUUCCUUUUUUAAGAGUUCAAGACACCUGCUAUCCAAAUGAAACGGCCCGCUCGAAAAAAGAAGCAAUGAAGAUAGUUAAGCAAUAACAGCAAGAUAUCAUUUUGUUUUUUAAAUCAGAUUGCAAUCCUAACCAGGUGUCAUUGACAGUGGGUGUUUAGAAAGUAGAGUCAAUGUUUUGAAUUGCAUUUGGAAACCUCUCUGUAAAUGCAAAUGAUAAUCUUGGUGCUUCAAUGUGUGAAUUUCAGUACUUUCGAUUUUAUUUUUUAUUAAAAGGGGCAGGUUCUCGUUAAAUGUUUCAUUGCAGAAAUGUGUUUAGUUAAAAUUCCAACUCUUUCCUAUUGCAUCUAAUCCUUGUUUUUAUAUGACUGGUCUCUUUUAAGGCUUGUCUUCAAUUCUAAAGUGCAUUAGAUUCCCUUUUACCAAAAAAGACUGGCGGGUUAUAUGGGAGCCUUACAUGUCUUGUACCUGCUCAAGGACUGGGCGGUUACUACGAGAAAGGCUGCAAACACAACUGUGUCUGUUUAUGUCUCUGGCUGUUUCAGCUAGGGGAUCCUAAUUCAACCACUGCAAAAUGGUUGGGGAAAGAACUUUCAGUGGCCCCUAACAGAUAUGUUUGCAACGCUGUUUUAAAUAUUGUCGUUUCUACUGUUUGUUCUGCUUGCUAUGCUCCACUACUUUUCAACAACAUUUUGCUAUUUUUGAACUAUUGCUGUAUUUCUAAGAAACACCUUAGGAAGAUCUCUUCUCACAACAUCAGCACUACUGGCAGUGAAUUCUUAUACUCUUCUACCCAUCCUUAAUGAAAGACUGUUGGCCAAAAUACUCUUGGACUGCUUUAAGGCUGUUACGCACUUUUGUGACUUUAUGGCUGUUGAAAAUGAAUUGUCUUGCAAAUAUUUUGAUAAACAUAUGUACUCAAUGAAAAACAAAACUUAACUG